AGUGCAUGUGCUCGGCGCAUAUAGCAAAUUGACGUUUGUGUUAAUUUCAUUCUGAUUUUAUUAUUUUGUGUUAUGUUCGUAAUUCGUCUUAUUUUCAUUAUAUGUUUGUUACUUGAAGUAUACUGUGCUGUUUGUUUGACAACAAAUGAAGGAAUUAUAAGCUAGUUUCGUGAAUUGAAACCAGGUGUUUUAUACAACAUUUGACAGCCAUGGAAGCAGAUGAUAAACCAUUUGCAUGUUCCUUUGCUGGAUGCAAUAUGCGGUUCACAAAUGAAGACCACCUUACAGUUCAUAAGAAGAAACAUGACAUGGUUUUGAACCUGGGAAAUGGACAGAAGACUAAUGUGUUUGUAGCGGAUCAAACUCCUACUCCAACUCGUUUCAUCCGUAAUUGUGAAGAAGUUGGUUUAUUUCAAGACCUGCAGAAUGUCAAUCCAUUUGAGGAAACUUUUCGCAAGGCUGUUGAGGCUUCAAAGACUGGAGUAGGACUGUUACAUGAGGUGGAUUCCCUAAGCGUGCCUACAGGAACUGAUGACACACUUCACACACCAAAUGUGUUCCCACACAUUGCAGAAGAUUCAACAUCAGACAGCAGUUCAGCAUACAAGUCUGUGGCUACCCCUUUUAUUGCAUCCGCAUGUGUCAUUACUGAAAAUGGAAGGAAGCAGCCAAGUCUGUGCAGUGAAGGCAGCACAUCUCCAGGUACGCGUCGGGAGCUGGACCAAUUACUGCAUCCCACAUCCACAACAGGGGAUGUCGAGUGUCACAGAGAGAUAAUUACGGGAAACAUACCAGAGGAAAGGAGAGUUGUGGAGCUUAGUAGCAGUACUAAGGUGGUGCGGCAGGAAGCAGACACAUCACAGCACCAGGAGACUUCCAGACAAGUCGUAACUGUCAACACAGAGAAUAAAAAUGGACUGGAAGUUGGCGCUUUGAGUCCAGAACCUCCAGCAGUGACACCAUCACAAGCUUCGUCCAGUACUGUUGGCAACACUGUGCAGUUGCUGCUGCGAAUGCCUGAUGGGAAACUGUUGCAGCUGUCUGCCCUUCCAGUGGAACCUGUUACACCUUCAGGAGCGAAUCAGCUUAUGCAGCAGCAGUCACAGGUGGAGCCACAGCCAGUACCAACACAGAAUGCAACAGUGGUACUUACAACCCCAGGCCCUACACCUGUGGUGACAUCAGUACCAGAUGUCACACUAGAGAAGUGCAAGAAUCCCACACCUGCUGUGAAAAUGUCACCAUCACCAAUCAAACAACCCACAGGCCUGUCACUUGCCAAGCUUCGACUGAAGCAGACACUGAUAAGCAAUAACCGGACUGCUGCAACUGUCAAGGAAUCAAUACAAAAGCAGUCCUCAGCAAAAGUCUCAAGGUCUGAAGUUAGCAAGGCAGUUCCUGAGACUCAUGCCACAAGUCCUGCCAGUGUUACACCAGCAAGGAGAGCUUCUUCAUCUAGUGGGAACGAGGAUCCAGGCGAAAAGAGACAGAAGUUCCUUGAGAGAAAUAGAGCUGCUGCAAUGAGGUGCAGAGAAAAGCGAAAAACAUGGAUCCAGGAACUGGAGAGAAGAGCAGAGGAGAUGUUGGCAACUAAUCAGCAGCUGCAAUCAGAAGUGGCAUCACUGCGAAAGGAGGUGGCAGAUCUGAAGACUCUCUUACUAGCACAUAAGGACUGUCCUGUGACACAGGCUAUGGCACAAGGAUCCAGUGUUCCACUAUCAUCUGCUACACAACCAGAACAACAUCAAAUUAUUGCACUUCGAAACACAAAUUGCCUGCUGCCAUCAACACAGCUUACCACAUCUGCUCCAUUGGUCCAACAGCAUCACACAACAGUACCUCAUAAUCAGCUGAUCCUCAUCAGUGGAUCUUCUAGUCUCAAAAGGGGCUCUAGUGAAUCCACUCUUACUCCAAGGAAGAAAGUAGCUACUAAUCAAGGGCCUCCAUUUGUUCGUCAAGCACUUCUUCUCCCGUCAACUCAAGCUGAAAAUAUUCAUGUCAUAAACAGCAGUGCGGUGAAAACAGUAACAAGCAUGAACAAGAGUUCUCAAGGUGUUAGGAUGGCAGUGCAGUCUGGAGUUCUUGUUACAAAUCCAGUUCUAACAGGAGCCAAUCAGCUGUCUAUUUCUGCUGUCAUUCAGAAUUCUAAUUAUCAGCAAACCUUCAUUGUCCCAAAAAUAUGUUUACCAGCAUCUGUUACACCUGAUGUCACAGAUAUAGACAGGGUCAGUCAUGGGAAUAAGACCCUGACUGCUGAAGCUGAUGUUUAUACUCAGAAAAAGGUGGGUGUUGUAAGUGAUACUGAAAUAGGAUCCCAUGUGAUAAAAAUUAACCCAAAUGUAAUGCGAAAGUCCACUGAUAGUGUGCUGACACAUGAGCUAACCACGGACAUUGGUGCAAAUAGUGAUGCAGACAGUGACGUUGAAAUUAUCACCGAAAUCCAGUCUGUUAAUGAAAGGAGGUGAGAUUUAAUUGCCAUAAUUUCCUGUCAUACAAUUUUUAUUCAUGGCAUAAAGACACUGUUUAGUAGUGUGUAUUUUAAAGUAUUUAUUAUUUAUACAAGAGAGAGAAAAGGUGACUUAUUUUUUAUGGUUUGAC